GUUGCACACAGUCGCGAAUAACUGGCAUAUCAGCUGAAGAGACGUGAUGGCUUUGGCAGAUCCCGAGUGUGGAAUAUCAAACGGCGCGGAUUCUGCGUCUCCGUUUUCUGACAUUAUUGAACUAAAUGUGGGAGGACAAGUGUAUGUGACGCGGCACACGACUUUAAUAGCCGUACCGGAUUCUCUUCUGUGGAACAUGUUUAGUAAGAAAACACCGACAGAGCUGGCACGGGACAGCAAAAGUCGCUUCUUUCUGGACAGGGACGGCUUUCUUUUCCGCUACAUUUUAGACUACCUGCGGGAUUUAAAUCUGGUUUUGCCUGACUAUUUUCCAGAGAAGAGCAGAUUACAGCGGGAGGCUGAGUUUUUUCAGCUGCGGGACCUGUCCAAGCUCUUGAGUCCCAAAAUGAGUAAAGACAACUCCAUCACCGAUGAGAUCUGCCAGAGUGACUCGGAGGAACCGGGCGUGCAUCCGCUGGUGGGACUCGACGCCUCGCGCACAAUGUCCGUCGCCAGCACCGCUCACUCUCCCUCCCUCGAGUCCAAAAAGUCGGGCUACAUUACAGUCGGUUACCGGGGCUCAUACACAAUCGGAAGAGACAUACAGACAGACGCCAAAUUCAGGCGAGUCGCGAGGAUCACGGUGUGCGGGAAGACCUCUCUGGCUAAAGAGGUUUUCGGAGACACUUUGAACGAGAGCAGAGACCCGGACCGCCCUCCGGAGAGGUACACAUCGCGCUAUUAUCUGAAGUAUAAUUUUCUCGAGCAAGCGUUUGACAAACUGUCAGAGUUUGGCUUUCAUAUGGUCGCGUGCAGCUCCACUGGCACCUGCGCUUACUCCAGCAAUGACCCAAACGAGGACAAAAUCUGGACAAGCUACACGGAGUAUGUUUUCUGUCGAGAAUAAGCCAAAAUGUGCCGCAUUUAAGUGUGUAUUUAGGCAUUCCACUACAGGAGUAAAGUUUCAUCAGUGUUGGAGAGGUGUAUUGGAGUUAUUCUCAUUCAUAAAUUUCUAGUUGUGUGCAUCAUAGGAUUGGCUGUUUACUCCUAGACUUUAAUAGCCUACUACAUCUAUUACUAGAAUUAACAAAUGCAGACUAACUAGCUAUCAUUGCACUUCCCUUCAUAGCUUCGUUUUGUUUGCAGAUAAAGUCAUAUUCAGAUUUGAGGGCCUAUUUGUAAAAAGUCCCAGAUGUGUUUUGUACUUGCGUGCAUUUUAAAUAUUUUUCUUCCCGGGUCAGUGAUUUAACGGACGAUUCCACUUUGAGGAAAUUUAAAGUCUGUUACUGACACAUUGGGUAACAUUUUGUAAAGAUUGUGGCAUUCAGCUUCCUUUGUGUUCAUCAGACUGGUUGAUCUCAAUGACACUUUUCCUUCAAGUUCAGUUUAAUCUUUUCACUGUGAAUAACCCACUAAAACUGAAAAGUUUAAUUGCUGCCUUCAUUUCUUUAGUAAAAUUAAAGUGGUGCCAAGUUACCUGCAGUGAUUCAUUGCACUUUUUUGACCACUUUGGAUUUCAUUACAGAUUAAGAAAAUCGAGUGGAACCUCUUAGAACCCAAAAUCGAGAGAUAUGACAACUUUGUAAUAGAUUACAAAGAUGUUACAACAUUUUUUUUCUAAAGUGAGGCUUACCUUUUUAGAGCAUACAACUGUGUUUUAUUGAAUUUUGCACAUAUUUUGUUUGGGCGAAGAGUGGGAAUUGUUUUUUGUUGUUGUUGUUGUCUUAGGUUUACUGUUUCUAUGUCUGUAUUACAAGAAAGUUCUCUCCUUUUUUCCAGCAUUGUACGCAUCUUAUAUCUGUUGUCUGUUUAAAAGCCGAUCAUUCAAUAAAUUGUAAUC